UGGAACUUAAGAAAAGCAGACGAUCUGCAUGGGGAAGGAGAUUUUGCAUGCAAGAAGCUAAGAAAGCCUUAUUAACGGUAGCGAUGCCCUGUUGAAAGGUUAAGCAGCCAUUAGAGAGUGUUCAGUUGAGGCAUUGAGAUACAGUACAGAUUUUAUCAUGAGAAAGGACCUGCUAUAAAAGGAUGGGAGACAAGCAUGAUUUUACUCUUCAAACCUGGGCCUCAUUGGAAAAGUCGAGCAGAGGAAAAAAGAAGCGGAUAUAUAAAAACAAUAAGUCUUGAGGAUAGUUUUUGAAACAGCUCCAAGGAUUGGCAAGUUGGUUCCAUCGAUUUUGGCGGCAUCAUCAUCAUCAUUCAUAUUUACUAAUAAGUUGGUAAACAUGCCUGAAAUUAUCAGUCAUGGCAGCCAGAGAGAUUCAGUUUCAGAGAGCCCAAAGUCCAAUUUGGGCAAACGUCCUCGAUCUUCUUCCCCUCCUCUUCCAAGACAGGAUAUAGAAACUCAGAGGAUUAAAAGCGAAGAGGAAAUUGAGGGCGAUGAAGAAAGCAGCGGAACUGAAACGGAGAGGGAAAUUGAGAGACCCACACCCGAACAGCAAGUUUUUUCUCUCUAUAGAAGAGCCCUUGCAAAUGACAAUCCGAAUUUCAAGAUCUGCUGUCCAGAUGGAAGAGUCUUCUAUUGGGAAAGAGAUGAUUUACUUGAUCUCGUGCAGAGAAACCCCUUUUGGCUGACUACCACUCAAAUGGAUACUUGUUUACAUUUAUGUUUGGAGGAUUCCGAAACUUGGGAGGCACGCUGUCAUAUUUGCUACUCUGAUACAAUUGGGCAGCAAACUGCGUUAAGCAAAACGGUGGAAGAUGCAGCUGAUACUCUUAAGCAACAGCUUCAGCUCUUGCUGCAAGAUGUCCAAUACAAUCUUAUUCCUUUAAAUCUGGACCACCACUGGCAUUUAGUCAUUAUCUGUGGUCUGGAGGGACAAACAUCUACGAACCCACAAAUUUGGCAUCUCAACUCUCUUGAAUUUUUCUCUAUAAAUGAAGAAAUGAUAAAUGCUAUAAAACAAGUUGUUGAAGAAAAGACUGGCAAACCAGCUGCUUGGUCCGACUUACAGGUUCCACAACAGGAUAAUUCCUACGACUGUGGGAUCUUUGUAAUCAAAUUUGUAUUUCAAUUCAUAAAAAAUCUGGGUUCCCCACAACCACAAGAUUUUACAGAGCUGAUGGCUAGACAAGCCCACAAUGAGUGCUUUGGAAUAAAUCUUAGCCGCUCAUUUCAAAGGCUUAUGCUUUGGACGCUUUUUCAGAAGCAAACUGAUCCUCCACUGCAAGUCUUACCAGUUGAUUUCGACGAAUACAUCAAAGCCUUCUGCAAGGAAGAUCAUGAGGAUCCAGAAAAUAAUUGCGGCAAAGAUUAUGAGAGUGAUAACAGUUACGAGGCUACGGUCUAAAACAGUUAAAAAGUUCAGACUCCUACGUUUAAAAUUGAGGAGCACGAUGACUUUUGGAUAUAUUCGUAUAUUUUUUUUAGAUUCGAACUUAAGAUUAUGGGGAGCAUACCCAUGCCUUAAGUUGCGAUCCACGAUUGGACGAGUUAAGGCCGAAGCCCUAUACUCUAUAUUAGUUUAAGGACCAGUCAUUUAUGGUCAAUGUAUUAUUUUUUACAUUGUAAAAUCUUCUUGUACUUUUAUAAUAUAUAAUUUUUAUUUUUUUUCA